CGCGUCCUCAUGGUGCCGGGUCAGGGCGACGAGGGCGCCGCUGCUCCGGCGGCGGGCGGGCAGCAGCAGGAGGUGCAGCCGGGCCAGGAGGACGGGGCGGGUGCGGGGCAGCAGUGCCUGUGCCCGGCGCCCGGCAUCGAGGCGGCGGGCGCCGAGGAGCGCCGCGCUUGUGACUGCAGCUCGGGCUUGCCCUGGCCGCGCUGCUGCGAGGCAGCUGGAACAAAGAAGAAAACUACAUGUCCAGGACUUGGUCUGUUUUAUACCGUACUGUCUGCCUUCCUUUUCUCAGUGGCCUCUUUAUUUCUUAAAAAAAUAGAAGAUCUACAUUCAGUGGAAGUGAGUGCAUUUCGAUGUGUUUUCCAAAUGGCAUUUGUUCUUCCUGGUUUAAUAUACUACAAAACAGGGUUUUUGGGACCAAAAGGUAAAAGAAUUUUUCUUUUCUUCCGAGGAUUCCUUGGCUCUACUGCAAUGGUUCUUCUCUACUACGCUUACCAAGUCAUGCCACUGGCCGAUGCCACUGUUAUAACUUUUAGCAGUCCUGUUUUUACGUCAUUGCUGGCAUGGAUCUUUCUCAAAGAGAAAUACAGUCUUUGGGAUCUUCUGUUUACCCUCUUUGCAAUCACUGGAGUGAUUCUUAUUGCCAGACCACCAUUUCUGUUUGGGUCACGUGAUAUGGGGAUUGAAGGAAGUUACACAGAUCACCUUAAAGGAACUAUAGCAGCAAUUGCAAGCACAGCAUCUGCAGCUUCGACUAUUGUUAUACUAAGGAAGGUGGGAAAAUCUGUGCAUUAUUUUUUGUCAAUUUGGUAUUAUGCAGUCAUUGGUUUAAUUGGGUGUGUUAUAGCAUUGUUUGUUUUGAAUGAAUGGCGUUUACCACAGUGUGGUAAAGACAGGGUUUUUCUAGUUUUAAUAGGCUUGUUAGGUUUAGGGGGUCAGGUAUUUCUCACAAAAGCAUUACAGAUAGAGAAAGCUGGACCUGUAUCCAUAAUGAGAACAAUGGAUGUGGUUUUUGCUUUUAUUUUGCAAAUUCUUUUUCUCAAUCAUCUGCCAACUUGGUGGACUGUGGGUGGUGCCCUGUGUGUAUUAGCCAGUAGUAUUGGAACCGCCAUUCGCAAGUGGCGACAAAGCGUGAAAAAAGCUAAACAAAGUGAAAUCUAAGAGUAUAGAAACUAAUUCAUUGCAGAAACAAGCAAUCUUGAGAUAUAUAUAUACAUAAUAUUUAUUUUUAUUUAUUUUAAAUAUCGCAUUUACCAAAUUGUAGUACCGAAUUAUAUCCAAUAAAAUAAUUUUUUUUUUUUUUUUAUUUUAAACCAGAAUUGAAGAUGUUUUAGUAAUUGAUUAGGUAUAUGCUUUUCUUUUUCAUAUUUAGACCUGAGCAGUGGAAAGAUACUUUAAAGUUGUUGCUUUCUAUCAGAAGUGGACAAUGCUCUCAGGCACAUGGUGUGAUUCUUAGGGUGUCCUGUGCAGGGCCAGGAGUUGGACAUGAUGGUCCUGAUGGAUCCCUUCCAGCUCUGCAUAUUCUGUGAUUCUAUGAAUAUUUAUUUUCCUGAAGUUCUUGACUCUCUACUUCUUAAACCCUUUCUUUAUUCUUCAGAGCAGUGAAAAUAGUCUCCCAGGCUUAUUUAAUACUAUUCCAUGCUUGAUUACCAGAGGGAUUGCAGUACAAAAGUUAGAAGGGAAUGAAGAGCUAGUAAUCUUUAAACAACCAACUUUUAUAGAACACGUAAAGCUUGCACAUUUACAAGCUUUGUAUUUUUUUUUUUUUGCACCAAACGGAUGCCAAAUGGGGAUUUGUUUUUAAUUUGGAUUUUAAAAGAACAAAAGCUAUUUCAUCUUUCCAAAUAAUAUAAAGAGAAAAUUAACUUACGAAAAUUAUCUAUCAGCUUUACUUUCUUUUAAAAAGAAUGUUAAGUGUGUGUAUUUGCUUUACAGACACAGUGAAACAACCUAAUCCCCUUUUUUUUCCCCAAAUGCGAUUUUCUCAAUAAACAUGUCUUUAGUUGCUGAACUCUCAGUGAUGAAAGACAAUGUUUAAUUGUAUACUGCUCUUAAAUUAGCCAUUUCUUGUGGUAUGGAAUGUUACUCUGUAGCUGCACUUUUCUUUAUUCUAUGCAAAAGAUGAUAUUUUUUAGGUAUUUAAUAUAGGUUAUUUUUAAUGCUGCUUAUGAUCCUUUUGUUUAGAUUCUUUUGUACUAAAGUUCUUUGUGAGACCAAGUUUAAGUCUCCUUGGCCUUCAUAAAGUUAGGAGCAUUUACAAUAAAGCUUUUGCCUACUUUCUAAGAAUGUACAAGAGUGCAGGUAGUUGCAGUUUCACAGAAAAUGCAGGUUGGCCGAGGCCAUAGAGAUUCUACAGGAGAGGUUUGAGGAGAGCUUGGUGGAAGGGUAGAGCUAUGCAUACACAUCACAUUCAAGCAUCCACACUACAUCAGGCAGUGCUAGUGGGCAACUUCAGCCCCUUUUCUGCAGCCGGCGCUUUUAAAUCUACGCUUGUCACUUUUCUCGCACAUCUCACUUUUAUAGGCUUUGUCUUGAGAGCAGCAAAUACUAAGAAAAAAUACUUGUGUUACUGAUCUUGGUGUCCUUCAUGUUUGAGGAGGACCAAAUGUUUAGUAUCAGGAAGUGGGAUUUUCCCAGAUUGAGACUUAUGUACUUUCAGGUCUUGUCUCAGUAGAGUUUAAAGAAAAUUUUAAGUCGAUCUUUAUUUGGUCAUUUGUAUCAUGAGGAAGUUUUCAGUUUUUUACUCACUCUAAUGUUUUUCUAAAGGAAAAUGCAGUGUUCUAUACACUUGAUAUACAUUUGUUUCAAAAUCACUGAAGGUGGUGGAUGUUUCCUUAUUUUGAUUUGUAGAUGUCUAGUCACAUGUCUUUUCCUUGUCAAUAAGCAUUGAAUCCUGUCAGGGCAGAUCUAGGGACUCCAGUCCCGAAGGACUGGAAUGCAUGUAGUACUUUGGGAUGUAUCUGGAUGUGAGGAGCCUCUUUCUGCAAGUUUCUGUAUGUAAACCAGCACCCUGAAUCCAUAUGUGUUUAUGGGUAUGAGCAGAUUCCACUUGAGUGAUAGAGUCAGUCCUGCUCAUAGCUGUGUGUUUUCUGCUUCUCCUCAAGGCUGAAGUUCAGCUACUCCCAAAGGGGUCAGGAGUAGCAUGAAACUGCUCUCCUAUGUCUUUAGAACCUCAUGUAAUAAAAUUCCAGUUUGGCACCUAUUUUGCUUAAUACUUGGAACUGUGAACUGGGAUUGUUUUUCUGCUGCUCAGCCAUCGCUGCCAUUGAGCAAUAGCUUUCAGGGAGGGAAGGAGAACAGACUGCAUUUUUUACUGCUUCAGUUCAUGUUUAAUAUGCAUGUGUUUGAAUUGCCACUUAUAAAGGUGUGGUUCCAGAGCAGUUCAGAUUGAUGUAAACUUGGAUUGUCAGCUAGCCCUGCUCCCCCCUUUUGGCUCAGUGCUUGUGCUUAUGAGGUUAUGUGAUGAGCUAGACCUGGGAGCUGAUCCAGCUACAUAUCUUUUUAGUAAGGUUGUUGGAAAGAGCAAGACCAGUGUAGCCUGAACUCAAUGACACUAUAAAAACAGUAGGAAGGGGAAUUAGAUAAUACUUCAAAUUACAGCAUAUGAAUGCUGCUAUGUCAGUACAGAAUAAAAAUAAUGUGGAAGCUUACAUCAAAAACUCUUUUGCUCAUACGAUUUCAAUGAAUCUUUUUUACAUUUGAUAGAAAAGAACAGGCUAUUGAAGAAAGGAUUGUUUUCUUACCCUUAGCAUAUAAAUAAAUCUAGAAAAUAAGCUGAUCUGAAAUCAGCAUCCAGAUAUAGUGGCUGGUAAUUUUUGUCUCAAGUUCUUGCAGAAACUCUUGAUAUAUUUUCAUACCUGUAGUGCCAAAAAACCCAGAUGACUGUUUGUUUUUUUUUCUUUGUUCAAACCUAUAGGAUCUCCUUUUGGCUCCAUCUGCUUAUUUCCUCUUGCUUUUCCCAAACCUUCUUAAAUAUUUAAGUUGUUAAAAUAACUAUCUAAACAAGAUCCUAUGUUGGAGAACAUUAUAUGUGUUGGAACAUUAUUUUGAUUUUGAUCCAUCUUUUAGAGAAUUUUUUAACUGGUAUGAGAAUGAAGGACUUGACUAGGGCUUCUCUAGUCAUAAAGCAUGACAAGCUAGAUCCUGUAACUAGCUUUUCUAGAUGGUAUUGGGCAUUGAAGACAUUUAAGCUAUAAGUUUUUCAACUGCCUCAAUUUUAAAUUUUUUCUCUCUCUCAAAUAUAGGUUUAAAACCUAAAUAUUAGCUGUAACCCUUGAAGAUAAAGAAACUGUAAAAUUAGGGGUACUAUGAAAUGAUGGGGGGUUUUUAAUGGAAAAUACUUCUUAAAAUUUCUGUUAAGAUGGUAAAACUUUUCUUCAAAUCUUAACAGUUUGAGAAUCUGAAAUGUAACUGGCUGAGCCUUGAUUCUUUCAGAUUCUGAUCUUUUUUAGCUUUAAAGUUUUAAUACAGCAAGUUUCUCAGGGUCAAAAGUUAUUUUUCUGAGCUUUGAGUCAGAAAUAUAUUCAUGUUCGUCAUCAGUAGUGUCCUGUUGUGAUCUUUACUUUAAAGUUUGAUAAACAUACUUUUCUAAUAGAAACUUCUUCCUUUGUAAUACAAUGGAAUAUUGUUGCAUUGCAGUUGCUGUGUUAUAAAGUUAAGUUUCUCUUGAAUUUCAACAUAUUCAUUCAAUGUACUGAUUUCAAUGAAUCUGAGUAGAAAGAGUAAUAAUUAAUUAUUGAUUGUUUUGCACAUAAACAUAGGGUCAACAGAUUUAGUUGUUACUGAUGCAUCACAUGCAUGGUUCUUAUGUUCUUUACUAUGCAAGACACUGUAGUUGUCUGUGGUCUUCAGUGGGACUUUAUAGCCUUAAAGCCUUAUGUACCCAACUCUUCUAUAGAAAGCUGUUGGCAGAAAAAGCUAUGUACUGUCACUGUGCAGCAGCCAGUUUCUUUCAGGUUAAGGUGGUUGUCAAAGUAUGAUCUAAAAGCCCUUUGAAUACACCAAGAAUUUGACAAGCUCAUUGUGUAGGCAAGGGCAGUCUGCAUAAUUAAAGUGGAUUUCCUGCGUUUGCCUAACACCAGGCAUGAAGUAGCCUCACCUUAUCAGCAUUGGUAAAAUAACUAGUUCAAUGUGUCAUUUUUUAUUCUGAAACUUGAAACUAUUCUCUUUCCCAAUUCCAAAACACCACGAUGGUGCCUCCUGUGAUUGGUAAUGACAAGAUGAAUACUACUACCCUGAUCAUCAUUUAGAAUAAACACCCCCACGGUAUUUUCUCUUCCUUGAGCUUUUUUUCAAGCUGUCUGUUGGAAGAAGGUUUAUUUCUAGAGAGGUAGCCUCUUUAGAAGUUAUUUUCUUGCUAACUAGCAGCAGUUAACCAGGAAGAGUCUGUUUCCUAUCUAGCCAUGGGAGGCUCAUCUGUGGCAUCAGUCCCACAAAGGCAGUGGGAACAUGAUCUCUGCCCCUACGUGGGUUCAGGGUUGGCAGUACUGACAGCAGAUGUGCAACACUGACUUCAGCAGGACAUUGCAGCUACCAGCAGAAUGUUUUUGUGGUCCUAACUGCCUGUCCAUCCAAAGAAAAUUUUGGCUUUAUAUUCCUGCGGAUGCAGGUGACUUCAGGGUGGAACAUACAUAGACUUCUAUGGUGAUAACACUUCUGUAUAUCAGAAUGAGUAAUUUCCUAUGUUAUAUGAGUUACUGUAUGACAAAAAGGGGGUAAAAAUACCCUCAGCAUUAAUUAAAGCAUUUUUACUAUAUCGUAUAUAUUGUUAAAUAUAUGUUGAAUUAUAUGUUUUGUAGAAGUUACUGGCUUUGUUAUGUAGUAGUAUAUUUUUAUAGACAAUUCUUAUAUAUUGAAAUGUUAAGAAUAUUUUCAUAAGAGAUUUAUAUUCAUCAUUGCUAAUAAAAUGAUCCUGAAGAA